AUGUUUCCUAUAUUUGUUUUGAUAAUUAUUCUUUUUCGAAUUCCAUCAUCAACUGAUGCAGCAAUAUUAUUUUUUCAUAAGAAAAUGGAAAAAAAUACUCGAUUUCAUUCACAUCAACAACAAGGUAGUGCAUUAUCAAUGCCCGGAACUGUUUGGACACAUUUUCAAUGUGAUCCAAAAAUAAGUCCAUUUAUUGGCGUUGGUUUUGGUUGUUAUUGUCCAGGUACAUGGUGUUCAAAUAAUGCCGAAUGUUGUUCACAAAUGUGCUAUAAAAAGACUUGUUAUUAA